AUGGCGCCUGCCACCUGUAUUACAACUGCGGAGGACGAACUCAUUAAUGCCCCUUUCUAUCACGGAUUUCAAACUGCAGCAGAGGCUGAACCAUUAUUGACGAAGGACAAUGGCCGUUUCCUAGUUCGCCUGAUAGAAGAAAAUGGUCAUUUUAUCUACAUUGUAAGCGUAUAUUGGAAAGGCAAAAAGCAUCACUAUCGGAUUUUUCAAACAAGACACGGCAAUUUUUUUCAUUUGAAUGGGAUUCCAAAGCGAGUAAGAAUUCUCUUUUCUUAUAAAUCUAUUUUUCACUUAAAGACAGUUGCGGCCCUUAUACGAUACCACCGAUUCUCACAGAAGCCUGUCAACGAUGAAUCUGGUGCCUGCCUUCGUAGUUACGUGGAGAGAAGUCAUUAUGCCAUCUACCGUGAACAGCUUACCAUUCUUAGUGUGAUAGGUCAUGGAGAGUUUGGCGAAGUGCGCAAAGGGAAACUUAGAGUUGGAAUGCAGAGCAUUGAUGUAGCUGUCAAAACAAUGAUUACUGACAAGAAAGGCAUUGAUCCAAAUGAGAGACACAUGCGCCUGCAACAUCGAAACAUUAUUCGCCUUUUUGGCGUGGUCGUGUAUAAUGAUCCAAUAUUGAUUGUGACGGAAUACGCACCUGGUGGUUGUCUACACGAUCGGUUGGUAGAAAAAAGGCCGACUGAUAAAGAAAGACUGAACUUUUGUCGAGAUAUAUGCUUUGGAAUGGCUUACUUAGAGAGUAAGGAGGUAAUUCAUCGGGAUUUGACAGUCAGAAAUUGUUUGCUUUCGAAAUGGAACGUUGUGAAAAUUACCGAUUUUGGCCUUUCGCUUCAAGGAAUAACAAAAGUACUUCUGCCCAGAGCUCGUGCCCCGAUAAGGUAUGUGCCACCCGAAACACUGAAAACUGCACUUUUCUCACACAAAUCUGAUGUUUGGGGUUAUGGUAUUGCGCUCUUUGAAAUCUGGUCAAAACCACAUGAGGAGCCAUACAAAGAAAUUCAAAAUAAUCGACAACUAAGAAAGAAAAUACUUGAAGGAUAUCGACUAACACCACCAAAAGGAAUGCCAAAAAAGAUGCAAGAACUAAUGCUGAAGACUCAGAGUGCUUCACCAGAUAAUCGGCCAACAUUCAAGACGAUAAAAAAGAUGUAUUUUGGAGAAGAAAAGAGUACAUUCAGAGAAUAUGUUAGUCGAAUCUUUCGAAUUUCUUGA